AGUUCGCGGUCCACGGAAGGAUGACCACGGGGCGGCUGCACAUCGCGAUUCAUUGCUCCGAAGCUGCGCCAGGGGCUCGGAUCGCUCUUCUGCCAACUUAUUUGCGCAGGUCUUAACUCCUUAGCGGGAAAAGCUUCAUUUUUAAUGCAACCAUAGACAUGCGCGUCACGUGAAAGCAUUUAUCCCCAGUGUAGUUCAUUCUCCGUUUCAUUUUCAUGGGACACAAGCGCUCUGCAGGUAGUGAUUUUGGCCGGGCUAUGAUGGAGAUGUGACAGCGGGUACAUGCAUCCUAUUGCGGGGAUUCGGGACUCACUGCCCGUGACUGUGGCGGUCCGGAGUGCUGUAUGAACGCAGGAAGCGCGGACAGCGGACAGGAAAAAAAAUCGUGAUUAAUUUUCCAAAAGUGGGGCUUCUAUAAUUAUCGGAUUAUCUCUUGAGAAAUGUUUUUGUUUUCAGUCAUUUGGUUUUUAUCCGAGACUUCUGCGGCACCCUCGCUGACGGCCGAGCAGAUGAGCAUGGGCAUGGAUUGGCUGAGCAAGUUUGGGUACCUCCCACCCCCAGACCCUGUAACAGGACAGCUGCAGACCAAGGAGGCUCUGACCAAAGCUAUUAAAGCCAUGCAGAAGUUUGGCGGUCUGGAGGAAACGGGGGUGUUGGAUGAAGAGACCCUGGUCCUGAUGAAGACCCCGCGCUGCUCUCUACCUGACCUUUCGCAGUCAGAGUCACCUCUGAGGCGGAGGAGACGCACGCUACCUUCCCAGACCAAGUGGAGCAAGAGGCACCUGUCCUGGAGGAUCCGCACUUUCCCCAAGGAGUCUCACCUGCUGGGGAGGGACACGGUGCGAGCCCUGAUGUACUACGCCCUGAAGGUGUGGAGCGACAUUGCGCCUCUCGACUUCCACGAGGUGGCGGGCAGCCAGGCAGACAUACAGAUCGACUUCACGAAGGCCGACCACAACGAUGGGUACCCCUUCGAUGGGCCCGGAGGCACUGUGGCGCACGCCUUCUACCCAGGGGAGCGUGUCACCGCUGGAGAUGUUCACUUUGACAAUGAUGAGGCCUGGACUUUCAGGUCUCCAGACUCACACGGGAUGGACCUGUUCGCGGUGGCCGUGCAUGAGUUUGGACAUGCCAUCGGCCUGGUGCACACCUCUGCCAUGGAGUCCAUCAUGCGGCCAUACUACCAGGGUCCUGUGGGCGACCCGCUCAAGUACAGCCUCCCCUACGAGGAUAAAGUCCGCGUCUGGCAACUCUACGGCGUGAGAGAUUCAGUGUCUCACACGGCUCAGCCAGACACCUCCCACGGUUCCGACCAGCCAGUGCUGCUGGAUCUCCCUGAAAACAGGUCCACUAUCUUGCCUGAUAGUGACAUCCCGGACAGAUGUAGCGCUCACUUUGACGCGGUAGCCCAGAUUCGGGGAGAGGCCUUCUUCUUUAAAGGUCUCCUAGGGAAGUACUUCUGGCGCUUGACGAGGGAGAAACAUCUGGUGUCCCUGCGUCCAGCCCAGAUCCACCGGUUCUGGAGGGGCCUGCCUACGACCCUGGACAGCGUAGACGCUGUGUACGAGAGGCCCAGGGACCACAAGAUCGUCUUCUUUAAAGGGUUAAACUACUGGGUGUUCAAGGACAACAACGUGGAGGAGGGCUAUCCCCGACCAAUCAGUGACUUCGGCCUGCCCACGGAGGGUGUGGAUGCCGCCUUCGUCUGGCCGCACAAUGACAAGACCUACUUCUUCAAGGGUGACCAAUAUUGGCGCUAUGACGACUACCUGCAUCGGAUGGACCUGGGCUACCCCAAGGACAGCAUGCUGUGGAAGGGGAUCCCAGCACAGCUGGACGACGCCACACGCUGGUCCGAUGGAGCCUCCUACUUCUUCAAGGGGGCAGAGUUUUGGCGCGUGCGGGGCAGCGACAUGGAGGUGGAGGCCGGCUACCCACAGCCCAUCGGCAAAGACUGGCUGCUCUGUGCAGACAUGCUGUCGGACUCUCCAGCCCCGGAUGCCAACGGCACAGACACGCGUUUGCGUGGGCAGCACCGCGCCAGUCACGCGGGAAGCAACUACCAGGUGUGCUCCUGCACCUCCGACUCGGCCACUCCCCUCUGGCUCCGCCCAUCCUUCUCCUUACUUGGACUACUGGUCUGCUUUUGGACUCUUCCAGUAGCCCUGUGUAUAGACCUAUGAAGCCUGGCGUUUAGAUUCACACACCCGUGAACUCUCACACUUACCAGGACAGGAAAUCUCAAGAAGAAGUACACUUCUGAAGGAUCUUUUGAUCACCUUUUUUUUUGUCCUCUUGAAUUAUUUCAGAAAAAAAAUGACAUUAUAUCCACAAACUAAAACUGAGGUUAUUUCAUAUAUUAAUAAAAUGCUGAAUAUUUAUUUUUUUACCUUUAAUUUAAGUUUUGGAGUGCGUUAGACACUGUUGUGGACAGUCAGUAUAUUUGCUAGUUGAUGUCUUUCCAAUCAGAAUUUUCAAUUGACAGAUAAUUUUAUGUGGGCAAAAAAACGUCCUUUUCAUCCUCUUCAUCUUCAUAUGCAAGUUGGAAAUAAAGUAAGAGAAAGGGGUUCUGGUUAGAAAUGAAUGUCAUGAGAAAAGGCUUUAAGCCAAGUGUCCCAAUCAGACGAAGGAUAUGAGACCUUAAAGUAGACUUAGCUGUGGAACGGAGACCUUGCAACGUGGCAUCAUUCAUGCGUCUUGCAAUACAAAAGAGGAAAUUCUCUUCUUAUUUUUUUUCCACAUCAAAGGGUUCAUGAGACAACAGUCACUUGGAAAUCUCUGAUUUCAUAAUCAGCGUACCAGUCUUGUGCCCUCCACCCAUGACAUCACUUACGUGGAUUGAUUAUUCUCGUCUGGUGCCGGCCCCACACAGCAUCUGCACCAUGAUGACGCCCCUCCGUCAUCCAGCUCAUCAUUUACACUUCCUGCUCUGCUACUUGAUUUGCUUAAAUCAAACAUUUUUUUUUUCAGAAAUGCAACCCAGCUGUUACCUGACUGGUAAUAGGAAAUAUGACAUUUUUUGGGGGUUCCUUUUGGGUUUCCAGUCGCGAUGUUACAUUGUGCCGUUUGGGUAAUAACUGUUGCUUUCUAACUAAAGAUAGUGCUUGUAAUAUAUCCCAGCACACAAAGGAUCGUAAUGUGAAAGGUUAAUGAAAAUGUAUUAAAUCCACUCAAAGCAUCUCUGAGAAAAAAAGAAGUACAAAUUUCUACAUCUAUAUAGCUAUAUCUAUAUGGGUUUAAAAAUUAUAUUAUGAGCCAAUUUUUCUAACAUUUGUAGAAAUAUAAUUCUAAGACAUUAAGAAGGUGCCCAUUGAUUAAGGUUCUGUGAAACUACAGGGUUUUAUACAGUAAUGACAUAAUGACACAGAGAAUCACAGACACAUGAUGCCACUCAUUUAAUGCUGUUUAUAUCAAGCACUUAUGAAUGUAAAAAUGUAUGUACUUUCCUUAAAAAAAAACAAAAAAACCUUCUUUAUCC